AUGUUCAUGUUUCAGUUUGUCUUAGCCCUCCUGGCUUGGAGCCCUCUUAUUGCCCUCGCAGCUCCACACUCAUCGCAGGCAGUAGGCGGCACCGGCAUUGCUCCGAAGAACCUGACAAGGGAGCUUGUUCCUGCAAGCACCGUGUACUCGGGCCCUUGGUCAAGCUUCCCAGCAAUGAGCACGUGGACCACCUUUGACAACAUGUUCAACACCAACCAGAAGUCCAUGUUUGUAGCUGGAAGCACUCAGCAGGAUGUGGACCACAUUCGUAUUGCCGUCACCAGUGUCGCUGCAUCCUACGGCAUCGAUAGAAGAGUGCUCUUGGGAAUCAUAAUGGAGGAGAGCCAUGGCGGUGUCGGAGUGGCGACCACUUACAAUGCAGACGGGUUGCCCACCGGGGGCUUGAUGCAGGCAAGCGGUUGUCACGGCUACGAGGGCCAAAACAACCUCGCCCAGGCUGAUAUCACAUUCAUGAUCGACUGCGGCACCCAGCACUUCAAGACGAACCUUGGCAACUGGGGUGGCCAGAACUUGGAGCAGUCCAUCUACCCUGCCCUACGUGAGUUCAACUCGGGCAGCGUGGUCGCCUGGGAUCUCAGCACCGCCCCAAAUGGGGUCGGAAACCCAACCUAUGUCAGUGACAUCGCACAGCGGCUCCAGGGUUGGACCAACUGA